AUGGACCUUCUUCAAGGCUACGAGUCGGCGACCUCGGACGACACGCCGAGCCCACCGCGCUUGAAGCGCAAGGCUGCGUCAUCGCUGGCGCAUGCGAUCGCCCUCCCGACGCCCAAUGCAGCCGCGUACCAGCCCAAACGGCGGGCCGUCGCACGCGCUCCAUCCUCCGCGCCGACCGAGAGACCGCCGCUGCCGGCCUUGCUGGACGCCGAUGCGGCACCACCCGCCGCCGAAUCGAGUGACGCCAGUGUCCCGUCUCGCGAGUUGCAGCGUUGGAGAGCUCGGUACCGUGUCAACUGCGUGCGCUGGAACCCACAGUUCCCAGCACUCCUCGCCACGGCGGGCAUGAGUGCGACCAUGCACAUCUACGAUGCGUUUCGCGCCGCUUGCAAGCGGCAACUCGACGGCCUUCAUACCGACGCGAUCAAGGACGUUCAAUGGGCGCUCGAUGGGCGGAGCCUCGUGAGCGCCAGCUACGAUCAUACGCUCGUUCACGUUGAUGUCGAAACGAUGCAGGCCCGCGCCACGUAUGCCGGCGCGCACCGCUUCACAGCGUUGGCCAUGCACCCGAGCGAUAUGCACCUCGUCCUCGCCGGCGACGAUGCAGGCUAUGUUGUUUGCUGGGACAUGCGAGCCAACACUGUCCGAGCGCUCCAGCAGACGUGCGGAGAGGUCCACGCCCUUGCUUUUCUCCCCAAAACUGCCUCGGCCGAAAGCCGUACGCAGUUUCUCUCGAGCAGCACCGUGACCAAGACGAGCGCGGCAGACAAGGCAGUCGCUGUCUGGGACUUUAGCAGCGGCGCGCUCAUCAAGCAGUGCAUCUACAGCCAAGGGUAUACGUGCUCGUCCAUCAGCGUGCACCCGACGGCGCCAUACCUCGCGCUCCAAUCCCACGGCAACUACAUGGCGACCGUCUCGACGCGGUCGCUCAAGCUCUCCAAGACGCGCUACGAAGGCCAUACGAGCCAAGGCUACGGCAUUCACUGCUCGUUCAAUGCCACUGGCGCCCUUCUCGCGUCCGGCGAUGUCCAUGGGCACGUCUUCGUCUACGCGUCGCAGCGGCCGCGCGUGCUCUUCUCCGCACGGCCGCACACCAACGUGUGCAUGGCCGUGGAGUGCCAUCCGCGAUACCCCCACGUGCUGGCGACCGGCGGCUGGGACAAUAUUGUCACUGUGUGGACAUGA